CUUUUUGAAGAAUGAGGUCUAAUUUUUGAACCUGAAUUCAUUUGGCACUAGUUUUGGCUUCAACAAUGUUGGGUUUCCUUUUGUUUUAAACUAAUUCUCUUUUUCCUACUGCUGGGCUACAUUCGUGUCUCCACGCUACAAAAGCUUUUAUGCAUAUGUUUGGUUUGAAACCGCUCAUCUGCGUAAAGCGAAGUACAUGCAUAACUAUUUGCAGAAUGGGGCUACAAGGCCGCUUUAUUGUUGGUCCUGGGUACAACGCUGUGAAUCUGAAGCGUUGCCAGUCCUAGUGCUUACUGGCUACCUGUGCAUGCUUCAGCAAACCAUUUUUGUGACGCAUCGUUUUCCUUCCUUUCUUGUCCUUUGGUCUGGAAAGCCAGUGCCUUGUUCUUUUCUAGCCCCUGUGCUUUUCAAGGGGGAGGAAGGUCACUGAAUACUUGCUGGUUUUGGAAGAGAUAGAAAGUAGAAGAGAGCAGGAGGAUGCAAGGUGCAUUCAAGAGCAUGGGACUCCUCUGUGAGGAAUGCAUGACUGGGAAACAUGGGAAAAACAGCUGGGGGGUGGGGGGGGAAAGCAGAGAAGACAGAGAUCUUAUGUGAUCUCUGACAAGCUGUGUGACUGCCUUUUGUCCCUAAAGCCCCGAUCCUCAAAGCUGUCCUGGAUGGGUAGUCUGAGCUCCUGGCACGUCAGAGGGUUGAUAUGGGUUUGUGCAUAGGAGCUUCUUACGGGUAUCUGGGUGUGUGUCACUUAGCUGCACUCUCCUCAAAGGUUUCCAGGAGGACAGCAGACAUUGAGGCUGUUGGACUUACUUACCCUGCUUAUUCAAAUCUUCUAGCGCUCUAUUAAUACCACUUAGAGCUUCAUCUUUUAAAGCAAGCAAGAGAGUAAAAUGCAGAUGCUUCAGAGCAAAGGUAUGAAUAAAAUUUUAUGCCUAUAGAAACUGGGAGAUGCAAAGCCACAGUCCCUGCGAGUAACCACAACUCAGACAAAUAUAUAUAUUAAAGAAGAAAAGUCCUCAGAAUGCCUGGUAACAGGAGAUGUCAUGUAUACAGGAGGUCUGAUUUAUGGCGGAAACCUUAAUUUUUGGCCGCAUUCUGAGGUCAUCUUUUGAGUAAAACAUGCAUUGCUGAGUCAGGCCAGUGGGUCCUUAAAUUUUCUGCCCUGUGUGAGUGUAACAUCAUUUCCCUGGCUUCACGUCCAGGUACUUGGUGGGUCAAUGCUGAUCCCAUUUAUGGCCGUAUUUUUUCAAGGGGAGGCCUCUAAGUUUAGUGCCCAUAUCCAGAUUUUAGAUGCUUUUGGUCUCUCUGGUUCUUCCCCUGUCUCUGGGGAGAUACGGCCCCUUUAGAGACUCCAGGCAUCUCAAGUCUGAUGCCCAAACUCACACUGGUGCCUCCGACUGGCACUAGGUGCUCAGCACCUUGCAGGACCUGUCCUUUGUGCCAUGAACCUUCCAGCACAAGGUACCCUGCAGCCAGCCCUCCAUCCUCAAGCGGUGGUAGAAACACAGCUCUUUGCCUCUGCUUGCACCUCUGCCCUAGCACUUGCCUCCCUCCUCCAGACCAGUCUCUGCUCCAUCCCUUCCUGUCAGGGUGUCCUGUGUCCCCCUCUGUGUCCUGCCUCCUCAUCCCACACAGCACUGCUGACCCUGCCCCUUGGAGGCUGGAUCUCUGCUCAUUAGCUGAUGUUUGCUGAAACCGGACACCUGGGGCACCCCAGCCAGCAAGCGGAGUCCCCUGGCUGCAGCUAUUUAAAAGGACAAGGGCAGCCUUAUAAUUUCCACCUCUUUCACAUCCAUGUCCCUCCCAGCGCCCGGUCCCAACCCAUCUUCUCUCCUGGAUCCCUGCAGCAUCAAUGACCCACGCACGGAGGCACAGCCUGAGGGGGACCUGCCUGCACGAGUCCUGGGGAAGGAUUAUCUAUUGAACCUGGGGGAACCUCAGACUUGCCAGGAAGCCUUGGCUCGGUCAGGGCCCAUGAGCUUGGGAGGCACUCGCUGGCUCCCAGCGCAGGAGACACCUUGUCAUUGAGGGGGAAAGAGAGAGGAAGGGGCUUGAAUUUUUUGCUUGCUUUGUUUUUCUUUUUUACUAUUACUGUUUUUUAAGAAGUAGAAGUUGUUGUAAGCUGCUGGGACAAGUGAAUGCCAAUGAACGUGGGGCUGCAAGGAGCCGUUGCACAGCCUCUCACCUUGCUGCAAAGUAAUUGCAGUCUGCCGAGAGGGAGUUAAAUGGGAUUAAAAGAUCUGUGUAAGCAAAAGGACCCAGAAGAGAAGGAGGAAGGAGUGAGCCGUCCGGGCCAGGGGGUGUCUUUGACACAGCUGAGCCCCUUAGAGAGGCAGAGAGCUGAGCUCCUGGGAAGGAUGUACCCACAAACCGGCCUGUCCCCCUUUUUCUGAUGGAUUGCUGCAAAAAUUGCCCGAAAGAGACAAUGCACUAAACGUGAUGGAGCCGGAAUCAGAGCCGGUCUCCAGACUCAGAGCUACCGCAGCAGGCAGGGGGGGACUCUGCUUUCUCUGGACUGUUUUAUGUUUUACCUGGUUCCUGGGAUUCACACAGGGAAAUUCUGAAGAUGUGGAUGUUCUUCAAAAACUGGGCCUGGCAGGGAAGAAGCCAUCGAGUGGUUGGUCCUUGUCACGUGCAGUUCCUCAGGGGGUCAUUCCUUUCAAAUCGGGGGUCAUCUUCACUCAGCGAGCACGUAUCGAAGCACCCGUCAGCACCAUCUUCCCCACAGGCUCCAACACUGACCUGGUCCUGGUGCUGAGCCUGUGCUCCCACCGUAUCAACAAUGCUUUUCUCUUUGCCGUCAAGAGUAAAAAGAAAAAACUGCAGUUGGGGGUCCAGUUUGUGCCUGGAAAGAUUAUAGUGUAUGUGGGCCACAAGCGCUCUGUAUAUUUUGAUUACAAUGUCCAUGAUGGCCAGUGGCACAAUAUGGCCAUCAAUAUCCGAGGCCAGACAGUCACUUUAUUUACUUCUUGUGGGAAGCGCAGAGUACAUGCAGAUUUGCAUUUUAAAAAGGACGAGGCAUUGGAUCCACAUGGGUCUUUCCUCUUUGGGAAGAUGAACCAGCACUCCGUGCAGUUCGAAGGAGCCAUCUGCCAGUUCGAUAUUUAUCCUUCCGCCAAGGCAGCUCAUCAUUACUGUAAAUACCUGAAAAAACAGUGCAGGCAAGCAGAUACCUACCGGCCAAACCUGCCCCCCCUCAUCCCAGUCCUGCCAAGGGAUCCCAAUGCCUCCCCGAGUACCCCACAGCACGUGGAGCCCUCGCUUCAGGGUCUGAAAAACCUGACCACUGCGACCCCAUCCUUGGAGCUUGGCAGGGUCACUGCACCCUUAAAGACUCAGGGUUCAGGUGCAACAACCAUCCCAUCGGUCUCAUCCACACUGCCACUGCCAAGACUGACAAACAAAGCCACGAAGGUCGCGGUGGCACCAUCUCCUGUUUCGUUGAGUACUGAAACUCGGCCGCCCACCCAUUCGCGCUCUCCGGUGACAGCGGCGACCCUCAGGGUAUCUCAUCCAACUCCCAGCGCACGCAUGGAGAAAACUCCCCUUCCCACUGCCAAAAAGGCCCUGCCUACAAGCCAGAGCCCUGCUACAUCCAAGGAAGGCAGGAAGGAAUCCGAGCAAGAGACCAAAAACAAGAUCAACCAAAAACCAACCAUUGAGCCCUCUGAAACAGCCAGUACUGUAAAGCCAAUGAGAAGGAUGACUGAUAACACAACCAGCAAUGUCCACUUUGUGACCCUAAAACAAACCCCUCAGAAGCCAAACAAUGGGCCUGUUCCAAAGAAGCAUGUGCCACCCCCCGCCAGGAAAGCAGAUCCUAGUGAUGUCCCUCUGGUGUACCCCAAACCACCUCUGGGGUCUGCUCGUCCCGUUACCAGAGCCAGAGCACAGGUCUUCAACCUCACAACCCCAGCUGCAACAGAUGGGUAUCAAAUCUUUGAUCCCCUCGGACCCACUCCAUUUCCAUUGUUACUGGGAUAUCCAGGAGCGAAAGGAGAGAGAGGACCCCAGGGUCCACCAGGACUACCGGGCUUACCAGGACCACCUGGCAAGAGAGGAUCCCGAGGUCCUCCUGGUCCUCAUGGAAACCCUGGCUUACCUGGACCCCCCGGCCUGAAAGGUCAGAAGGGUGAUCCUGGGAUGUCACCUGGGAAAGCUCGCAACGGACCUAAGGGAGACGUGGGCUUACCUGGUUUGACUGGGUUCCCUGGACCACCUGGUCGAAAGGGAUAUAAAGGCUACCCUGGACCACCAGGUCACCCUGGAGAGCAGGGCGAACGAGGACCAGACGGAAGUCCAGGUGCCAAAGGUUAUCCUGGCAGGCAGGGUUUACCUGGUCCAAUAGGGGAAGCUGGUCCAAAAGGGAAUCGGGGAUAUAUAGGUCUUCCAGGAUUAUUUGGGCUGCCAGGGGCUGAUGGAGAACGAGGGAUCCCUGGAGUUCCUGGGAAGAGGGGCAAGAUGGGUAGGCCGGGUUUUCCUGGUGAUUUUGGGGAACGAGGACCUCCAGGCAUCGAUGGGAACCCAGGAGAAUUGGGAGCCCCAGGUCCUCCUGGAGUCCUUGGACUCAUUGGUGACAUGGGCUCUGUUGGACCUAUAGGCUAUCCAGGACCAAAAGGCUUAAAGGGGCUGAUGGGAAACCCUGGAGAACAUGGACUGAAAGGUGAUAAGGGUGAGCAGGGAGGAGCAGGUGUUCCAGGAGAUAUCGGCUUCCAAGGAGACAAGGGCAGCCAGGGUUUACCUGGGGUCCCUGGGGCACGAGGGAAACCAGGCCCCCUGGGAAAAGUUGGUGACAAGGGUCCAGUCGGGUUUCCAGGACCACCAGGCCCUGAGGGCUUUCCAGGAGACAUUGGCCCACCAGGAGAAAAUGGCCCUGAAGGCCUAAAGGGGAAGCCGGGAGCACGAGGUUUACCUGGGCCGAGAGGACUGCCUGGACAAGAGGGAGAUGAAGGACCCUUAGGACCACCAGGAGUCCCUGGUCCAGAGGGUCGACCUGGCCGGAAAGGGUUUCCAGGAAGACCUGGUCCUGAUGGUCCAAAGAUAGAAAUAUUACAGGGCAGAAACCCCAGCUCCAGGAACAUCCCUGAUGAGAACUCAUGCCUUACUAGAUGGGGGAAUAAACCAACCAGGACUAGGCUGUGCCACCGGAAAUCACGCAGCUUAUAUUUCAAUAUCCGAGUUUGGCUUUGUGGUGAGCCAGGAAACCGUGGCCGACCGGGGAAAGUUGGCGAACAGGGUCUAAUGGGAUUCAUUGGUCCAGUAGGGGAGCCUGGAAUAGUAGGCGAAAAGGGUGACCGUGGCUCGGUGGGACCCCCAGGCCCUCCAGGAGUCAAGGGGUCGAUGGGGCACCCAGGAGUACCAGGGGGAGUGGGUUUUCCUGGAAUCCCUGGACCAACGGGUCCGGCAGGAGUCCGCGGUGCGCCAGGGAUAAGAGGGAUGAAAGGCCGCAGGGGUGCCAGAGGGCCUGAUGGACCAGUAGGCGAGCCAGGGUCACGAGGUGUCAAGGGCCGUCCAGGGGAGCCAGGCAAACUGGGGCCGGAUGGGCUGCAGGGGAAGAUAGGAGAGACUGGGGAGACAGGAUCACGUGGCUUCCCAGGUAUCCAAGGACCUUCCGGACCCCCAGGAGCGAAAGGGGCUCCAGGCGACCCGGGACCGCAAGGACCACAGGGGCCGCCAGGACCUUUGGGAGAAAUCGGGCAUAAGGGACCGCCUGGCUCAAUGGGACAACCUGGCCUUGCAGGUGAACCUGGCAUGAAGGGUGAUCCUGGACAGUUGGGAGUCCCUGGAGAGCAAGGCCUCAUAGGUCAAAGAGGAGAAUCAGGGCUGGAAGGGGACAGCGGACUGCCUGGGCCGGAUGGUGUUAAGGGAUCACAUCUCACCGAGUCUGCCUGGCAUGGAGAGAGGCCUGGCACGGCUUGCAGUUCCACUUCUCUGUUGAUAGCUGCAACCUUGGGAAAUUUGGGAUCCAGCAGGGGAGACAAAGGAGAGCAAGGCCUGGAAGGAGAGAAAGGAGAAAAAGGCAACGAAGGACUGAAAGGAAAAGAAGGGCCUCCUGGAUAUCCGGGAAUCACAGGUGUCCGAGGACCAGAAGGGAAACCCGGAAAACAGGGGGAAAAGGGCAAGCCUGGCCAGAAGGGCAGCAAGGGCUUUCAGGGGCAACUCGGCGAAACAGGAUCUCCAGGGAAGGAGGGGCCGAAGGGGAACCAAGGCCCUAAAGGAUCCCGAGGUACCCUGGGACCUAUGGGUGCUCCGGGAAGGAUGGGUGUUCAAGGGGAACCUGGCUUAAAGGGUUACCAGGGGCAUGCAGGACCACCAGGGCCAGCUGGACCACCAGGGCCAAAGGGGGAAAAGGGAGAACAAGGUGAUGACGGGAAAGUAGAAGGCCCGCAGGGACCACCUGGAGACAGAGGCCCCUUUGGUGACAGAGGCGAUCGAGGGGAGCCUGGAGACCCCGGUUAUCCUGGUCAAGAAGGGCUUGAUGGAGAAAGAGGAAAACCUGGACAGCAAGGUUUACCCGGGGAUCCUGGACCACCAGGCCAGCCAGGAGCAAAGGGAUCCAAAGGUGAUGUGGGUCAAAAAGGAAAGCAAGGAGCACGGGGCAGUGCAGGGAGCAGAGGCUCACCGGGUGCCCUUGGGCUACCAGGACCUAGAGGAGUGGUGGGAAGGCAGGGUCAAGAGGGUGCCCCUGGAGUGGACGGAGUGCCUGGGAAGGAUGGUGUGCCUGGGCUGCUGGGAGAGCAGGGAGAUGAUGGGGAAGAAGGUAUAACAGGGAUGUCAGGCAAAAGAGGGGACCCUGGCAUACCAGGACUCCCAGGAGCACAGGGACCACCAGGAUUUAAGGGUGAAAGAGGAUUGCCUGGACAGACUGGCCAAACAGGGAAGCGAGGACCACCAGGCGGAAUGGGGCUUCCAGGGAGCCCAGGUGAUCCAGGACCCAAAGGACAGCCGGGAGACUUUGGUGAGGCGGGAUUUCCAGGCAUUGCAGGCAUGUUUGGACCAAAGGGGCCCCCAGGAGACCUUGGUUUCAAAGGCAUUCAGGGACCACGUGGGCCACCUGGUCUCAUGGGGAAAGAAGGAAUUAUUGGUCCACUCGGAAUUCUGGGUCCCACAGGAAGCCCAGGUCCGAAGGGAGACAAAGGCAGCCGUGGAGAAACGGGUCUGCAAGGUCCAAGGGGUCCUCCAGGCCCACGAGGACACCCUGGCCCUCCGGGACCACCAGGAAUUCCAGCUUCAUUUCAACAAGAUGGCUUUGGUGCAGCUUUCCGGUCAGUAAUCGACUCGAACACUGCGCUCAGGACAGAGGGUUAUCAACAUCCAGACCUUCUGAUGCUGGACCAUGGAGGGGAGAUCUUUAAGACUCUACACUACCUCAGCAACCUCAUUCAGAGCAUCAAAAGACCCCUGGGAACCAAGGAAAAUCCUGCACGCAUCUGUCGAGACCUCAUGAACUGUGAACAGAAGAUGAAUGAUGGUACCUACUGGAUUGACCCAAAUCUUGGCUGUUCCUCGGACACCAUACAGGUCAUUUGUAACUUCACCAAUGGUGGACAGACAUGCCUCAACCCCAUCACUGUCUCCAAGCUGGAUUUUGACAUUGGUAGAGUCCAGAUGAACUUCCUUCGCCUUCUGAGCUCAGAGGUGGUCCAGCACAUAACCAUCCACUGCCUGAAUACCUCCGUGUGGCGGGAAGGCUCAUCCGAAAAACCUUCAGAAAGAGCUGUGCGCUUUAAGGCCUGGAACGGUCAGAUGUUUGAGGCAGGAGGGCAACUUAAGCCAGAAGUGGCAGCUGAUGAUUGCAAGAUCAAGGAUGGACGCUGGCAUCGGACUCUCUUUUCGUUUCGGACCCAGGACCCUCACCAGCUACCAAUUGUCAACAUCUACAACCUUCCCCGCUCCGAGCCAGGAAAGCAGUAUCACCUCGAGGUCGGCCCCGUGUGCUUCCUUUGAACAAAGCCGUCAAAACUGGGCUCCAAGGCUUUGCCCCCCCACCCCCCCGUUUUUGGCCUACGUCUUUACACAGGGUCUCCCACCUCUCCACGGCAAGGACAGCUGGGCUCUACCAUUUGGGUCAGCUGUUGCUCUAGCCUUUGGCUCAAGGUCUCAACGAACCCGUGAUCUACUGAACUCAACAGAUUCUUGAAAGGAGGACUAACAAGGACGUAGGGGAAGCGGGUGUCAGUCGGGACAUGAACAGUGAAAAGGGAUCGGGGACUAGAUGUUGCAAGCAGUUCCACACACAAAGCUUUUGCCAUGACCAAAGAAGAAAAUAUUGAGAAAAACCUCAAGAAACUUGCAGCGUGCAUUUUUUUUUGGUUUUUGUUUUGUUUGUUUGUUUUUUCCUCCAUUUUGUCUUACCUGAUUCCUGAGUUACCAAAUGUUCUUUCCAUUGAAAAGUAAUUAAACGAUAGAGCUUCCCUCUCAGAGCUUGUCACCUUCUGGACGGCCACGUGCUGCUGCAUCAGGCUCUCCCAGGCGGAGCUGCAAGUUGAAUCUGGCUGCUCUGUGUGCCGGAAGCAUUUUGAUGUGCAAUAUUAGAAGAAACAAAAAAAAUAUAUAUUAUAUUAUUUAAAGCAAAAAGAAAAAAAAGAACAAAAAAAAAAAACCUAAGUUCCUCCUUCCAUGGGUGAGUUUAAUAAAUAUCCCUUCUCAUGUGUGGUGUUGGGGUAAGGGAGAGUCCCAAAGCUGAAAGGGGGGAAUGGAAGGAGGAGAGAGGAAGAGAUUGGUGCUAAAAUAAGAGAGAGAGAGGAUGGGCUCAUCUGAUUUGUUUCUACCUCUCACUGUGAAAUCUCUGGUGCUCUUUAAAAAAGUGUGUUAUUUUAUAUAUAUGACUUUAAACUAUUUAAGGUUGUGAAGGUGCUACAAUGUCUUGCCACAGCCCCAAAAAACCCCCAUAGGACCAUCUCUCGGAGAAGAGAGGAGGUCGUGAUCUACAGCUAAAUCAGAGAAACAGUCACCUUGAAAGGCAGCUUUUAAUUGCCGUGGAUGUCAGUGAUGCACAACCAGUCGUUGCAUCCAAAAUUACUUACCAGCUAUUUUAAAAGCAAACAUUGCUAAUUUUUUUUUAAACAGCACUUCACUGCUUUGGGAGAGGAGUGAGGGAUACAGCUCAUCCGCAGAUGCGGUAAGCAUUAAGCCUCAAGAGAGAGCUACGGUUGUAGUCGGUUGUCACGUAACUAGUUUUGCUGUAUUUGCGUUGGCCACGUGUCCGUGCCAGCUCUCGCGCGCAGUGAUUUCCUGGUCUAAUCUCGUAUUUAAAACCCCAGCUCUGCUCUCCUUUUGUCUGGCCCCUCUGUCAAGACUGAAAUGAUGGUACCUUGUUUCAGAACCCAGCCGGGCUUGGAGGGGUUUUGUUUUGUUAAGUUUUGUAGAAAUCUAGUCUCUAUAUGUAAAUUUGGAGUUUUUUUUUUUUUAAGAGGAUAAUUAUGGUAAUCUUUAAUUCUAUAUAAGGAAUAAUAUUGAUGUAAUCGGAGCUGUACUGUAUCAGAAACGCUUCAGUGCCUGUUUGGAGUUUUCAUGUCUCAUAUGGACUAUGGAUUUUAUUUUUUUG